GUGAAAGUUAAUUUUUUGUAUAAACUCUAUAAAUCGUCAUCAUCUAAAUUAAAUCUGUUUAUAAAUUUUUAUAAUUUUAAAUAUUGAAAUUAAAUACAAAAUUAUGAGCUCAGACACGCAUGGUGAGCUAAAUCUUAGUGAUGAUGAUAACGAUGACACUGGUAGGGAAGAUAAUGCUGGUGAAAUUUAUUAUGAUCAGUCUGUAGAAUCUGAAACACAAUAUCAAACACCAGACUAUUCAGACAACGAAGGAAGCUCACAAACACAGGAACCCAAAAUUUUAAAAAGAAAACAUGAACCUAGUUCUAACCAAGAUAAUGCAGAAAAAUAUCAAAAAGUCAAUGAGAAUGCUAAAGUUGUUGCAACGCAUUAUAAUAAGCUAGAAGAAAAAGGUUUAGCCAAAAGGUCAAAAUCCAAAAUAAUUUAUAUGAGGAAUUUCAAUAAUUGGAUUAAAUCAAUGCUCAUUGAAGAAUAUUUAAAAAAAAUUAAAUCUACACAAAAAUUGGGGGAACCAUUGCGCGUUUUGGAUAUGUGUUGUGGAAAAGGUGGAGACUUAUUUAAAUGGGAGAAAGGUGGUAUAACACAUUUAAUAUGCACGGAUAUAGCUGAAGUAAGUGUUGAACAAUGCCAACAGCGUUAUAAUGCAAUAAUUUCAAGAGCAGACAAAAAAUUCGGUAGCAAAAAAUUUACCGCGGAAUUUUUUGCAUGUGAUUCAACACUAGAACGUCUACGAGAAAAAUAUAAAGAUCCAUCAAUGAAAUUAAAUUUAGUUAGUUGUCAAUUUGCAUUUCAUUAUUGUUUUGAAUCCUUAACUCAAGCUGAAAUUAUGGUACGCAAUGCAGCCGAAUGUCUUUUACCUGGUGGAUAUUUCAUUGCAACUAUACCUGAUGCGAAUGAAAUCAUGCGAAGGCAAAGGCUGUAUGGCAGAAAAUUUGGGAACAGUGUAUACAACAUUGAUUUUAUAUGUGAUACUGAAAGACCACCUUUAUUUGGUGCUAAAUACAAAUUUUAUUUGGAGGAUGUUGUAGAUUGUCCUGAAUUUCUAGUUCAUUUCCCUACCUUCGAAAAACUGUGUAGAAAAAACGGACUUAAACUCGAAAUGAAAUCAAGUUUUGCCGAUUAUUAUAAGAAAAAUAUUGAACAUGGUAAAGGAUUGCUGCAACGAAUGCAAGCAUUAGAAAGUUAUCCUCCGCCGAGGAAUGGAAGUUUGGUUGGUCAAGGGGAAGAUGAAUAUGCACAUUGUAAAAAAUAUUUGUCAUCGAAUUAUGGUAGACAAAAAACUGUGGGAACAUUAUCUAAAUCUGAAUGGGAGACGACAACACUUUAUUUAGUUUGUACGUUUAAAAAAUGUAAAAACACAUGGGACUCUGAAGGAAAGCCAGUUUUUGAAUGGGACUAGCAGAUUUAUAUUUUUAACUGAAUAUAAAACCUCAAAAUUUAUUUAAAAAAUAUUUCAAUAAAUUAUGAGAAAUAUUUACCAAUGUUAUAAGUUUUUAUGAAAUAUUUUUAUAAUACCAGAAAAAAUCAUUGCAGUACUUUAGUUACUAUAAGAAGUUGGUAUAAUAUAAGUAAACUUUGAAAUUCUUAAAAAAAUUUGUCAUGUUGCUUAAAUUUUGAAUUUUAAUAUAAAA